AUGUCUAAAAUACCAGAUGAUAACGAUGGAUUGCCGAGCUAUGAGGACGUCAUAAAUGAAGAGGAGCGUUUACAACAACAGCAGCAGCAGCAGCAACAAAAUUCAAGACCUCGACCUCCGCCAAUACCUUCAAAUAACAGACCAUCUACUUCUAUAAGGCCACCACCACUACAACCCGCAAGACCAUCUCCAAGACCUCCAGCAUCACAUCCUACACAACAAGGUGAUCAGAGGAUCAAACCAAGCAAUUACAAUCCCUCAAUCCCUUGGACAUACCCGGCAGGAUUCCAUUGCAAAAAAUGUAACAAUACAGGAUAUAAAUUGAAAAAUGGGCAUUCAUGCAAAUCAUGUUGGAGAAGGUUCGCUCCUUCAAACAAUACAAUGACCAUGCCAACUACAUACAAUGCCUACUAUCAAAACGGUAGCAAUCCCUUCUUCCCCUUCGCAGGAGCUCCACCGACCCCAUCGUUUAUGCCUCAUGUAUCAGUAGGUCCAACUCCGCCCAUUGGACCCAAUGGGGUACGACCACUUAUGGUACAACCUGGAGAUCCACGAUUAGGUGGAGUCAUAUGUGGUGAAUGUAGAGGUUCGGGCCGAAUUAGAUUCCUCUUAGAUGAUGAUUUAUGUCCCCUUUGUAAUGGUUUAGGUCGAAUAAUUGGAAGAAGGCCGUGA